UAUAAUUUUAUGAUUUAGACUAGUGUUCGAAAAUCAGCCAAGGAUUACUAUGAUCAAGGUAUGAUAUAGAAUAAUUUAAAGGUUAAACUUCUUAUGAUCAGUAGAAUUGGUAAUAGUCUUUAAUUUAUUUGGAAAAAGCAAUCUCAAUGAAACCAGAUUAUCUUAAUGCAUAAUAUUUAAAAGGUUUGAAUUUAUUAAUCAUAGGAUGUUGUCUAUUUUAUUUGGAUCGCUAUUCAGAUGCUGUAAAAAGUUUUGAAAAGGUUUUAUCUUUGAAUCCUAAUCAUAUGGAUUCUUAUUACUGUAAAGGUUUCUUAAAUGCUCUAAUAAUAAGGUUAUACCUUAAAUUGUUUAAAAAGAUAUUAAGAAUCAAUCAAAUGCUUGAAUAAAGUUCUUACAAAAGACUAAAAUAAUGAACAUGUGCAUUUAUAAAUAGGUAUAAAUUUAAAAGUUAUAAUAGGAUUUGCUUAUGAAAAUCUAGGAUUUCAUUUAAAUGCUUUAAAAUGUUAUGAUAAGGCUCUUUCAAUUAAUUAAAAUUAUGAUCAAGCAUACUUAAAUAAAGGUAUAAAUUAAUAAUUAUAAUUUUAAGGAAUUACUCUAAAUUAAUUGUAAAAAUAUCAAGAUGCUUUAUAUUUUUUUGAAAAAGCUAUAUCUAUUUAGCCUGAUAAUGAAACAGCUUUUUUGAAUAAAGGUAAUAUUAAAAUUUGAAUAUAAAUAGGAAUGACUUGUUAUUAUCUGGGAGCGUAUCAUGAAGCUUUAGAAUGUUUCGAAAUAGCUAUUUCAAUUUUUUCUAACAAUUCUUAAAUCCAUUUAAAUAAAGGUUAAAUUUUAUUAUAUGAAUAGCUCUCACUCUAAAUAAAUUAAAUAAGUAUUAAGAAGCAUUAGAAAGCUGUAAUUAAGCUAUCAAAAUUAAUCCAAAAGAUGCUUAGGCUUAUUAUAAUAAAGGUAAAUUUAAAAUAUUAUAUAUAUAUAAUUAGGAAUAACUCUUACUAAUUUAAAAUUAUACAAUGAUGCUUUGUUAAAUUAUAAUAAGUCUCUUUUAAUUGAUCCAAAUUAUACUGAUGCAUACAUGAAUAAAGGUUAUAAUUAUUAACUAUUUAUACAGGGAAGACUUUGAAACUCUUAUUCAGAUAUAAAGAUUCUUUGAGUAGUUUUAAUCAAGUCUUAUCAAUUAAUAAGUAAUACACAGAAGCUUAUUUAGAAAAAGGUAUUUAUUUAUUUAACAUUCACUUAGGAGAUACUUUUUAUUAAUUAAAAUAAUAUCAAAAUGCUUUAAAAUGCUAUAAUUAAGCCUUAUUAAUAGAACCAAAAAAUAAGACUAUAUUAUAAUUUAUUUGUAAAUAUAUUAUUAUAUUCAGAAUAAAUGCUAUCAUUAAUAUUGGAAGACGGAAAUAAGUGUUAAAAAAAAAAGAAAUAAAUAAAAACUAAAGAUAAACUUCAUAAUUAUCUAGAUUAGAUUAAAUAAGAAAAAGUAUUUUUAGGUUUUACUACUAAAUUAAUUUAUCAAAGAAUUGACGAACUAUAACAAUAUGAAAUAGAAAAAUAUUUACAUUUUUAAUCUGUUUUUUACAGACUUUUAUAAUAUUUUUCAGCUUGUGUUUAAAUAGUUUCAGAUUUGGAAGAAAGAUAAGUUGAUUCUAUUGAUAUCUCUUAGAUUGAAUAAGUAUGCAAAAACUUUAAAACAUUUUUCAAAUUUUCAAAUAAUAUUUCAUUUAUACCAGAAGUUUUUCAACUUAUCUUUAAAUUAUUAAAUCAAUUUUUGAUUGAUAUUAAUAUAGAAGAAGAAGAUACAGUUAAAUUCUAGUUUAUUGUAAUGGAUUAAUUUAUUUAAUCUAAAUUUGAAAGUUUUGAGUAAAUGGAACUUGAAUUCCAAAAAAGUAUUAUCAAAUUUUCAGAAGAACUUCCAAAUGAGCUUGAGAUUAUUACUCAUUAAGAAGAAGUAUUUUAAAUAGCUAAAAUUGAGAGUAUCAAUAUGACUUUUGCAAAUAGUUCAUUUUGGCUAAAAGGAAUUGAAAAUACUCUUAUUAUAUUAAAAUAUCUGUUAUUCAAUAGAGAUGGUGACUAAAAAUUAUCAUUUAGAGAUGUUUUAGAAAAUGCUUAUUAUUCUGAUGAAAAUCAACUAAAUGCAUUUAUUUUAAAAGAAAAAAAUGACUCUAGUUUACAAAUUUGA